CGUCAUCGCCCGGCUCUCGCAGCUUGCACACAGCAGCGCACGUUCGCCCAUAACAUCGCAUCGGCCGAAUAUCGCACAGAGCAACUCUCAGAAAUCGCGCAGCAAUUUGACGUGAGCGCAACGAGUCGUUCAGGUCGCAUCUAGAACGUGGGCAACGGCCAUAUCUUGAGGCUUUGCAGCAUUUCCAAUCGGCGGAUUCGUGUGGACGCCCAGAGACCCCGCUGACUUCCGUGAUCGCCUCACGGAGGCCAUUUGCUGCAACAACCCUGACGCAUGGCGAGGCCCCUAUGUACGCAAUGACAGCCAUUCAGACACCCGUCGACACUGCGUCAGCCAUGGAGGACAUUCACGGAGUCGAUGUAUCGUGGCUGCACCACUCAACUAGAGACCAUCACCAUCGCCAGCAGGCGCCCUCGUCGCCAGGCCUCACCAGAGAUGCGCCUCCAAAGACAUCGUCGCAUGGUGGCAUACCCGCCAGGCCCCGCCACGACGAGCAGCAAAUUCCUGAGCCGACACCGGCGACUGCGAGACCCGCAUCACCGCCGCGCCCGCCCCCAGCUGCUGCAUCCAGCGCGACUCCGCCCCAGAAGAUACCACCAAAACGUCCAGCGCUGCUCAGCCGAGGCAGUGCCGACAAGAACGCCAGUGGGACCACGCCACCCGACUCAAAGAACAACUCGCGCCGCAACUCGUGGAUGAAUAGCAUCAGCUCAAAGUUCUCGUCGCAAAACUCGCCCGCGCAAACCACACACACUCAGGCCCAGGGAUCGCCUGCCGCUGCCAAUAGCGCCACUCAUGCUUCUCCCUCGGCCAACGGUGCUCUGAACGGCAUCCAGGCGGCAUCGGGAGGCAGCAAUGGCGCCCCUGAGCCCUACAUCCCACAACAGCCCAAGAGCUCCUUCGUUGGGAACGUGCUGCGACGCCUGUCAUCAGGUACACAGGUUGGCACCGCCGGCAAGGUCUACCCAAAUGGAGGAAUGUGCCCGCGAAAGGUCAUGAAUGUCGACCCCAACCGCGAGCGAUGUCUCGUUCCUGAGCUGGAUCAGAACAAACUGCGCAAGGUUGCAUUCUGUGUCGAUGUUGAGAUUGCUGGAGGGCCAAAGUACAAAGAUGACGUCGAAACAGACGACAAGAAGGUGAAGCGCAAGGACAAGAAGUUGAAGGAGCGUGGCGAGGGCGAGGCACUGAGGAACCCAGAUGCUGUGGCCGAAGAGAAAGACAAGGAUGGUGUCGUCGCCAUUGCCCAAGAAGUCGUCGGCAACGAUUCUGAGCCAAAUCCCGAGGGCACUGUCUUGGACGAGGACAAGCAGGAACCAAGUAGGAAGAAAGAGAAGAAGAAGCGAUCUGAGGCCGAGCGCAAAGAGCGGAAAGAGAAGAAACGCAAAAAGGCUGAAGAGAAUGGCACAAUCCCCAUGGAACUCACCAGAGAUGACGACAGCGCCAGUGCUGAAGGAAUACCUGCUGCUUCCGGGGCACCGACUCCCCGUGCUCAGGACCGUCCGACGAUCGACCCACUGCGCAUCUACCGGAGAUGUUGCCAGCUUCGCGAGUCUCCCAUUCUCAAGCGCAUCAGUGACCAGCUUGCGGCACCACGGGCGUGCUCCGUCGUUCAACCGGGCGUUGUCACUUGUCUGGAUCUGACAGGGUCUAGAUUGCAAUUGGCAGAUGUCUUGACUCUUUCCGACUGGCUCGCUAUUGUGCCGGUUAAGAAGCUGUUUUUGGAGGACGCAGACUUGAAUGACGAGAAGAUACGGGUCAUACUCGCAGGUCUCCUGGCCGCCAAAGUCCCAGAGCCUCCAAAACGGCGCGAUCCGUCCAAUGACGAUACCCAGGACGGACUGUGCCAGCAAGGCUCAUGCGCGGUCAAGAAGCUGGUUCUCAAGAACAACCCAAAGAUCACAGCUGAAGGCUGGAAACACAUCGCACUGUUUCUGUACAUGUGCAAGUCCAUCAUGGCCAUCGACGUGUCCAUGAUACCAUUUCCCAGGUCUCGACCACAGGUGGCUUCUCCGCCAACUAACAGCACACAAGCACCGUCUCCCACCAAGGACAGCAGAUCGGGAGAUGUGGCUGAAAUCUUUUCCAAGGCUAUUUCCGAACGGUUGGGCGGUUCAGAGCUCCAAGAACUAGCCAUGGCCGAAUGCAACUUGACCUCCUCGAGCAUCCGCAAAAUCAUCGACGGCUGCGUCAUCAGCGGCAUUCAACGUCUAAGUCUCGCGACGAACGAUAUCGACGCCGAAGGCUUGGAACAUGUUCUGCAUUACUUGCGCUCUGGUGUCUGUCAAGGAAUUGAUCUUGGUGGAAACGACCUACGAUCAUUGAUGGACAAGAUCUGUGACAGCAUCAAGCACUGCCAAAACAGUCCGCUGUGGGCACUGUGCUUGCAAGACACUGGUCUCACCCCAGAAGCGCUCAAGACACUCAUACCAACUCUAAUUUCCCUACCAUCCUUCAGGUUUUUGGACCUGUCGCAUAACAGGGGUCUUUUCUUGGGCCAGACUUCGUUGUGUCUUCUGAGAAAAUACAUGCCUCAGUUUAAGGAGCUGAAACGGAUACAUCUGGUGAAUGUCGACAUGAAGCCCGAAGAUGCUAUCGCUAUCGCGGAAAUUCUGCCGGAUUGUCCUCAUAUCGCACAUAUCAACAUCCUUGAAAACCCGGAGAUCACUCGUGUUGCAACUUCAACAGACGAGGAGACACAAGAAGAGGCUGCCGCACUAUAUGCAUCGCUGACUCUGGCGGCUAAGUUAUCCAAGUCGCUUAUAUGCAUCGACGUGGACAUUCCAGCUCCUGAACAAGGCGAAGUGAUCAAAGCACUUGCGAAGCAAGUCGUAGCUUACUGCUUACGCAAUAUUGAAUCCAUCAACGAAGUGCCAGAGCUCCGAGCAGCUCCGAAAGAAGUCGAGGUUCCCGAUAUUCUCAUGCGUCUUGUUGGUCCGGAGGACAGUGACUACAAGGAAACCGAUAACGCGUCAGAUACUGCGGACAAUGACUACAUCGUUGGGGGCACAGGCAUUGCUAAAGCGCUCAGCUACUGUCUCUCUCAUAAGGAGACCGAUCUUCGCCGAGUGUCAGUCCCAGUCAGUGGUACCUCUACUCCGAGGAGUAGAAGCAGGGUACCAGUGCUUGAGGAGCCAAGCAAGGCCAGAGCCAUGUCCAAGGAUCUCCUCGAGACAGCACGGAAUACGCGAAAUAGGAUUCAGCCUGCACUUAUCAGAGAGGCGAAGGGUGGCAAUGACCUGAGCUACCGUCGUUUGCUUUUCCUGGACCAAACACUUCAAGGCAUGAUCCAACGCUUCGAAGACGAAUACCCAGAAACGCGUCUUCAGCCAUCUGAUGCCGCUUCUACUACAAGCUCCAAACUCAGCAGCUCACCGCCCACUUCCGCUGUACCGACACUCGAGAACAGUGUGUCGACAGACUUCACAGCUGCUGAAUCAGACGAAGACGAGCCCUCUACCCUACGCUCACGCCACAAUUCCGAUGUCUCUCUCGCAUCUCGCCAUAUGUCGCUUGAGGAAGGACGUCUUCACCGAUUUGGCCACCGCGUACGCACCGGUCUUCUCAACCCGUCACGUCCCACGACUCCCGACGUCUCCGAGAAUCACGUCUCCUUCAUCUCAGGUACGGCAGAUGACCAAGGCCUUCCCGAACACCUUCUCGCCAUGCGCGCGUACUUCCAGAACCACAGUGGUGACGAGAUGAGGCAAAUGAUUGAGGGUAAAGGCUGGGAACAGGCUUUCAAUAGCGUUGUGGAGAACGCUGAGGAACUGAGGAAUCUCGAGAAAGAGGACCCACAGCAAUUUAAAAUCUUCAAGGAGAGUCAAAUUGCAGCCUUGAAGAAUCGCAAUCCGGAUAUUUUUGCACCAGGAGAAAGGGAGGGGACGAAUAUGGAGGGGAAUCGGGGGGAUGACUUUGCUAUCGAGGACUAAUUAUGAGGUGGGGAGUUCAGGAAGGGCUGAUGGGAGGAUUGGUGGUUACUGGGAAGUGUAAUCAGUAUAAUUUCUCCACCGUUGACUUGAGCUUGAAGGUU